UGGAACUUUGUAACCCGAGCGCUCUGUCUCUGCGCUCCUCCCCGCCCCGGUGCAGGCCGCGAGGGAGGCGCAGGAGGUGGGACCUGCGGGCGGGAAGACUCGGGACGCCGGCGCGUGAGGAGCUGGGACCCCGGCAAGCUAGCCGCCCAGAGGAGGAGCUGGUGGGGUAGCGGAGCGCGCGGCCCGAGAACCGGAGGCAGCGGUCCCGGCCGGAGGGGCAGAGGGGCGGCGGGGGAGCAGCCGGGUCGGGAGAGUCCCGUUCGGAGCCGAGGCCGGGGGAUCUGGGCUCACAGCGCCGCGUGCCCAUAGCUGCCGUCGCCCAGGAGCGGCAGCUGUGCCCGGGGACCCGGCGGCAGCGGCCGCGGGAGGAGGAGGAGGAGCUGCAGCUGGACGGUGGCAGCUGGAGGAAGAGCCGCGCCGCUGUCCCGUGCGCCGGGCAGAGGGCGCGCCGACCGGGCUGAGCAGCUCUGGGAUGCCCCGCUGAGGGCGGCAGCCAUGCAGCCUUGACGGGGCGCUCGGGCGCGGGGACCGGCCGCGGGACGCGCCCUCCCGGGAAGGGGCAGCGGGCGCGGGCAACAGGACUUUAUCACCGACUCCAGCCCCGCAGGGUGCCCAGCCGUCCACUAUGGAACCAGUGACCAAGUGGAGCCCCAAACAAGUGGUGGACUGGACUAGAGGGUUAGAUGAUUGCCUGCAGCAGUAUGUCCACAAGUUUGAACGGGAGAAGAUAAAUGGAGAACAGCUGCUGCAGAUUUCCCAUCAGGAUCUUGAGGAGCUGGGUGUCACACGAAUUGGACACCAGGAACUUGUGUUGGAGGCUGUCGACCUUCUCUGUGCACUGAAUUAUGGCCUGGAAACCGAUAAUAUGAAGAACUUGGUUUUGAAACUGCGAGCAUCUUCCCACAAUUUACAGAAUUACAUAAGUAGCCGGAGGAAAAGUCCAGCUUAUGAUGGGAACACGUCCCACAAGCCCCCCAAUGAGUUCCUGACUUCUGUGGUGGAGCUCAUAGGUGCUGCCAAAGCCUUGUUAGCUUGGCUAGACCGGGCUCCAUUUACAGGGAUCACUGAUUUCUCAGUAACAAAGAAUAAAAUCAUUCAGCUCUGCUUGGACCUGACCACUACCGUCCAGAAGGAUUGCCUUGUGGCAGAAAUGGAGGAUAAAGUUUUGGCUGUAGUCAAGGUUUUAAAUGGCAUCUGUGACAAAACAAUUCGAUCUACCACGGAUCCUGUUAUGAGCCAGUGUGCAUGUCUGGAAGAAGUUCACUUACCAAACAUUAAGCCUGGGGAAGGCUUGGGCAUGUACAUCAAAUCAACCUAUGAUGGACUGCACGUGAUUACCGGAACCACAGAAAAUUCUCCUGCCGACAGAUCUCAGAAGAUUCAUGCUGGUGAUGAAGUCAUUCAGGUUAACCAGCAAACGGUGGUCGGAUGGCAGCUAAAAAAUCUGGUGAGAAAGUUGAGAGAGAAUCCUACAGGAGUUGUGUUACUGCUUAAGAAGCGCCCCACGAGUUCCUUCAACUUCACUCCCGCCCCCCUGAAAAACCUACGAUGGAAGCCGCCUCUGGUCCAGACCUCACCUCCGCCCACGACCACCCAGUCCCCAGACAGCACGAUGGAUGCCUCACUGAAGAAGGAGAAGCCAGCCAUCCUGGAUCUUUAUAUUCCUCCUCCACCAACCGUUCCCUACUCGCCCCGGGAAGAGAAUGGGAGUUCUGUUUAUGGAUUCAGUAAAUGUAAACAGCCACAGCCUGGUCCUAAGGGUUCCGAGUCCCCCAAUUCCUUCCUGGACCAGGAAAGCCGGAGACGGAGAUUUACCAUCGCUGAUUCUGAUCAGUUGCCCGGGUAUUCCGUGGAAACCAAUAUUCUGCCCACAAAAAUGAGAGAGAAGACACCAUCUUAUGGCAAGCCCCGGCCCUUGUCCAUGCCUGCGGAUGCAAGCUGGAUGGGCAUUGUGGACCCUUUUGCUAGACCUCGAAGUCAUGGGAGGAAAAGUGAGGAUGCCCUUUGCCGGUAUUUCAGUAACGAGCGGAUCCCUCCGACCAUCGAAGAAAGCUCAUCUGCCCCAUACCGUUUCUCAAGGCCCACUAUGGAGAGGCAGCUGGUCCGAGGCGCAGACUACAUCCGAGGCAGCAGGUGCUACAUCAAUUCAGAUCUCCACAGCAGCGCUACGAUUCCAUUUCCGGAGGAAGGGACCAAAAAGAAAGCCGGCUCCUCGGCUGCCAAGUCCUCUUCUCCAGAACCGUCCCUGCUGGUCAGCUGGUUUACCCGCCUGAAACUGUUGACUCACUGAGCCCUGCGCUCCAGGGACCCUCCCUGUCUCCUGCGACUAAGUGCCUUGCUUCCUCAGUCGGCAGUCUGUUCUGAUUUUCAUCCACAGUAUUACGUAGUCAUCUUAAGCAAUGUCGUGGGUUUUUCCCUUUUUUUGUUGUUGUUGUUGUUGGAAAGUUGUAUAUUGCACUUCUUGGAAUUUUGAAGUCAGUGGAUGGAAACAAAUCUAGAGCAUCUUAGAUCCUGGCUUAUGGAGGCCAAAGGAGAGAAAUGGGGAGAGUCUGCUUUCUUUUGCUUUCUGAAGAGUCAAAACACGGAGACACAGUCUCUAAACCGGCGCCUCUGCCAGAGAUGUUAGGGUCAUUGUGAGGGGCUGGGCCAUCGUUUGUUUUGGGGGUGGGAUUACAGUUGGUGGCCACUGUCACACAGAUGUGUUGGCUUUUGGCCCAACUUCUUUACCUGAAAAAAGCCAAUGGAGAAAACAGUUUUGUUUUGAUUCUUCAGGCUACGUACCACAUGUGUAAGUGUAGCAGCUUUGACUUUGAAAUGACAGGUGGCAAGCAUCUUAUGCUUUGUCAAAGCAGAGGUUUGGGUGUAAGCCCAUUACACCUGGUUAAUGCCCUUUUUGUAACAAUCUCAGUGUAUGCCAGUUAAUACAGAAACACAUGAAAAUGUUUAGUUAGAGCUUACUACACACAAAGAAGCUCAUGGUUAUUUGUGAGGGGUGUCAUCAUUGUUGAUGUUGUAUAUUAUUGUCUUUAAGGGAAAAGAAGCUAUGAUAUGCUGACAGCCAAAGUAUCAUUCAGAAAAAUGAGGCAAUCUUACUUAGGUUUAUCAGAGAGACAUCAGUUUGCAUUUUGAGCUGUUCAAUGACCAUCUUCCAGAAAAGAAUGGACGGUUCUUCAAAAUUGUACACAUUUUGCUAAUUAGAAAUCUCUUGGAAAAUCUCACGGUCACUCAUUUUCAACUAGCAUCAGGUAUUUUGGAAAAGUGUGUCUGGAUAUUAACUCUUGUUUAAACUGAAUGUAUGAUAUUUUGUUAGAAUGGAAAAGUACUAUCUUGUUAAUUUAAGUGUUUUAAAUAUAGUUGUAUAUUUUUCUUACUCUUAGUCACAUGUAAUUGAUAUAUUUCUGUUUUGUGUCCUACAUGAAGCUAACGAAAAAGUGUUCAAGAUGUUUUCAGGUUUACCAGUGACCACCAUGGCUGUUGCCACUGUGGGUGCUAUUGUUAAAAAAAAAAAUAAACCCUCCCAACCAUUUUAGGAUUCUAUGGAUUAGAAAUGGGGGUGAUAAGGGAGUGUGUAUAAAGUUACAUUCGGAGAAUUCUCUGAGCUAUAUCCCUGGGCAAAGCUGGUAUCUCCUCAAAAAUAUUCUUGGGAUUUUCUAGGUGGUGCAGUGGUUAAGAAUCUGCCUGCCAAUGCAGGGGACACAGGUUCGAUCCUUGUCCCAGGAAGAUCCCACAUGCCGUGGAGCAACUAAGCCCGUGCGCCACAACUAUUGAGCCUGCGCUCUAGAGCCUGUGAGCCACUAUUGAGCCCAUGUGCCACAACUACUGAAGCCCAUGCAUCUAGAGCCCAUGCUCAGCAACAAGAGAGGGCACCACAAUGAGGAGCCCGCGCACCACAGCAACGAGUAGUCCCUGCUCACCGCAACUAGAGAAAGCCGGUGUGCAGCAACAAAGACCAAACAUAGCCAAUAAAAAGAAAGAAAGAGAGAAAGAAAGAAAGAAAGAGAGAGAGAGAGAGAGAGAGAAAGAGAGAGAGAGAGAGAGUGAGAGAAAGAAAGAAAAGAAAGAAAAGAAAGAUUAAAAAAAUAUUUAUAUAUUCUCCCUCACAACUUGAAUUGUCUCCUUUGCUGAACUGCCUGAAAUUGGAGAUUCCUUGGAGUUCAUAAACAUCUUCCUUUUAAAAUGCCUCUGGUGGAGGGACUUCCCUGGCUGUCAAGUGGUUAAGACUCUAAGCUUCCAAUGCAGGGGGUACAGGCUCGAUCCCUGGUCGGGGAACUAAGGUCCCACAUGGCGUGUGGUGUGGCCAAAAAAUUAAAAAAAAAAAAAAUGCCUCUGGUGGGGUUAAGGGAGCUGGUGGGGUUAAGGGAACUGGAAACCACUUGUGUAUUAGUGUGAAUGAAUCCAGUCAGGCUGUUUUCCUGUCAGCCAACCCCCAAGGGAACUGCAGUGAAGAUACAGUGUUUUCAUGGGGGAUGAGAAGGGCUUUGGCCAGUGGAGGAAAGAAGAGGCUUGAAAUGCAUGAUUUCUUGGGGGCUUGGCAAUACAGUGUAAGAGUAGAGCGGAGUGGGGAGGGCUGGUUGACAGGGCACUGAGGACUAGGAGGGACUGUGGAAAAGGGGGAAUGCCAGCCCUGGCCUUUUUACUGUUAGCUUGGCUGCUUUAAGCCCAUAAAAUGGCAUGGCAGCUUUUCCUCUCAUUCCCCAGAUUUAGGGACCUUUACAUCCCCCGAGUAAGGAGUUUAGUGGUCUUGGAGGUCUCUUAGCUGGAGGUCAGCCCCUUUUCUGUGGAGUAAAUGUCCUUUGUGAUCAAAUGACCAUCCUCAAAUGAAUUUUCAGUGUCCAACUCAAGUACAAUUACUGUACCAGGUCGGUGUUUUUCAAACUGUUUCCUGAAGCCCUGAGGGGAAGCCACAAAAGUUUCUGGAUUCUCUACCUUCAAUCAGCCUCCACAGCUUCAUUUUUAUUUUUAUUUGGAGUUUUCUUCUGAAAUGUGUUUGAGAAAUAGACUGCUGCUUAAAGGAGUUUCUAUAUAUCUUUACUGUUGACAUAUAUAAUAGUUUAAUACUAAUUUCUUAGAAAUUAAUGGAAACUGCCUGCCUCAGUAGUCAUCUAGGUUUAAUGGUGGACACGUGUGAACAUAUGAAGAUAUAGAAUGACAGUUUUUGACAUGAUCCUUUAAAACAGUGAUUUUUGAUUACUACCAGACCCAAUUCAACACCAACUCCUUUUCAUAGUAAGUAUUUUAUCACAUCACUACAAUCAUCAAAUGAAAUUCAUGGAUGUUAAAACCUUCUUUCAUACAUAACAACAUCAUCCCCAUUUGCUAUUCCAAAAUGAAAUGAACAGGUAAUGAAACUGACCUCUGUACAUCCCCAUCAAUAAAAUGUCCUAACUGAAUAUAAACAAAUAUACGUAGAUAAAUAUUUUGUAAUGAAAUCAUUAGUUUCAUAUGUAAAUGCUGUAGCCCGAUUAUAUUACAAGAUGUGUGAAAUAGUGUAACAAAGCACAUACUUGUACCCAUAUAUGAAAUCACCAUGCCCCCCAGCAGCUACAUAGGCCUGCUGUGGUGGCAGCUCAACACCAGAAAUGGGAUUGAGGUCAGCAAUGCAGUUUUCUGAAAUGUGGCCAAUUCUUUUUUUCUUUUUAAGUGAAUGAACAAUUCUUUAAAUUCUAUAGUGCUUUACAAUUUUUAAAAGUUUCACACACGAUUUCAUAUAAUCCUGUAAUGUUUUUUCCCCCAACCCUUAUACUGCCCCUUCUCCCUUCCUUCUCCCCACUGAUAACUACUAGUUUGUCCUCUAUAUCUGUGAGUCUGCUUCUUUUUUGUUUUAUUCACUAGUUUUGGUAUUUUUUUAGAUUCCACAUAUACAUGAUAUCAUACAGUAUUUGUCUUUCUCUCUCUUACUUAUUUCACUUAGCAUAAAGCCUUCCAAGUCCGUCCAUGUUGCCACAAAUGGCAAAAUUUCAUUCUUUUUGAUGGCUGAGUAGUAUUCCAUUAUGUUUGACAUCUUUAUCCAUUCAUCUGUUGGUGGAUGCUCAGGUUGCUUCUGUACCUUGGCAAUUGUAAAUAAUGCUGCUGUGAACAUUGGGGAGCUUGUAUCUUUUUGAAUUAGUGUUUACAGGGGUUUUUUGUUUGUUUGUUUGUUUGUUUUUCUGAUAUAUAAACCCAGGAGUGGAAUUGCUGGAUCAUAUGGUAGUUCUAUUCUUUGUUUUUUGAGAAACCUCCAUACUGUUUUCCACAGUGAUUGCAUCAAUUCAUAUUCCCACCAACAGUAUACAAGGUUUCCCUUUUCUUCAAAUGUGGCCAAUUCUUGAUAAGGUUCUAGACAAAACAGAAUUCUAUAAUAGUUACAUCCGUAUAAUGUUUACUGGGUGCCUGGCAUUGUUGUAAAUGCUUAUCUAACAACUUUAUGAGGUGGGUGCCACUGUUAUUUCCAUCUUACAUAUGAGGUUACAGCGCUGAUAAGGGCAGAGCUGGGAUUAAAAUCAAAGCAGUCUAGUUCUGGCAACCUUGUUCAUCAUCACUUUGUUGUACACUUUCCCUCAGUUUAUAGAAUAAUUGCAUUCCUGAAAAAAUCCAAUGUAUAUUGAAACUGAGCUAGAGAUUACCUGUAUGUUUAUAUAUAAAACAAAAUUAUAAUUUUAAACUAAUGUCAGAUAAUUCUAAACUGGCUUUCCAUCUACGUGAGUAUUUGGUGGGACAAUUGACUGUUGUGCUGAUGGGGGACAGUUCUUUGCUGGGAGGAGUCUAACCUGUAAGGCUUACAUUUCCAAAACUGCCUCUAGGGGGCAGUACCAUCCCUUUGAGAACAGGUGAUUUAAAAGAAAUCCUGUUUCAUCACUGAGUAGAAUUCCAGUCUUCAUGUUAUAUAUUUGUUUAUUUUCUGUCUCUACGUCUCUCUUCUCAGUUCUCUCCCCACCACACUGGAAGUUUUAGAAUCUGUUUUGUAGGGAUUGUUUUUGUUUGUUUUUCCCCCCGAAAGUCAAGCAGUUGUUGCUUCCUGGCCCAAAGACCAUCGGUAUUCCCAAAUUUCAGUUUAUUAGCCCUCAGAAAAUUCGAAGAGUUAUGUACACUUAACUCUCGCUUAACUCCUUCCCCUAAGGAGCUUGUGUAAGUAAAUCUCUUUGACAUGAGUGUUGCUGUUUUGCCACCAUAGGCAUAAAUGGGAUGGCCAUGCAGGCCUCAUUUGGAUGUUUCCAUCUAUUGAAUCUGCGGUUAGUCCUUGCAGAGAAGUAGGUCAUAUUUUGCUCCCGGUUUUAUGAAGAGAAUCACUGCAUCAUUUCCUUUGAGAUGGGACUUCUGCCUGCUACUUCCUUGGAGAUGGUAUGGAAGGUGGGCACCUUGAAAAGGAAGAAACUCCUUUCGGUAUGGCCACUCUUUGGGCUGGCCAACAACAUUUGAUUUUAUUCAUCUUUGCAAUCAUCCUGCUUAUGUAUUUUUUUUUAAUAUAUUCAUGCUAAUCAUCCUGGAAGGUGAGUAAUUAAAAAUCUGUUGAUUUAAAAACUGGCUUAAAGAGGAUACAAAGCUGAUCUUUCUGACGUUUCUUCAAAUAUGUGGAAGACCUUGUAAGAUAAAUCAAGUCCAGUAGUACCAUACUAUGUGUUUGCUGAUACCUAAAGGGGCUUAAAAAAAUAGAUUUUAUAAACUAUAGGGCAUGGGAUUAGAAAAAUAUUAAUCUUCUUAUUGCAAAACUUACCUUAUAAUUUUCUGGAAAUUUCUCAAUUGCUAAGUUUUGCCUUAGGAAUUUUGUUUAUUUUUGACCAGAAUUAUUGCUAGAAGUGUGCUGGUUUCACAAAGGUUUGAGAAACGUAAGUAAAGGAAAAGGUGAUUACAUCAGAUUCGGAUUUACCAGAGGGUCAGGUUUUUCUCUAAUUUUAAGGACGUGAGGCCUGUCCCAAAGUGCGUGUGUGUGUGUGUGUGUGUAAGAGAAUUUUUUCUUUUUUCUUAUUUCUUUUAAGAGAAUUUUUUCCUACUGCAAAAGUCUUUCUGAAACAAUGCCCUAUGACCUAUUGAUUUUGGAAAGAGAGGAGGUAAGAUUUUUGUCUAUAAGCAACAAAAUAAUGUCACUCAGCCAACAGGCUGUCUCACACAGUAUUUCAGAACCUUUGGGGCUCCGCUUAUAGAAAGGCACCUGGUGUUGGGUUUUGAAGGACUGGAUUCUGGUUGUAGGCUGCUCCUCCCUCUUCUGAAUCGAACAUUUGCUGUUCUUAUAUUGCCUAUUUACAACAGACCUUAGGGAUUAAAACAUGUGAGGAGACAAUUGAAGAAGGCAGUGUUAAUCUUCGUUCGGGCCUGGAUCCGACUGCCCUGGAGUCCAUGUACAGAGGAACACAGUUCCCAGCCCCAGCUUUCAUGUCAUGCUUGCAGCUGAAUAUUACACAUGUUCUCCUUUCCCAAGCUUCUUGUUUCUCUGAAAAGUUGUGAAACUGAAGCUGUAGGAGAAAAUUAAGAAAUAAACCUCAGAGGUAUUUUUAAAAAAAAGAAGGGCUACAUCGCCCCUCAAGUGCAGGGAUAUUGAUAUCUCACCAUUUUCUCUCCCCUUGCUCGGAGCAUUGUAAACACUCAGAUGUUUGUGAAGGAAUGAUUUAAAAGGAGAGAAAACAUUAGGGAAAAAAGCAAAACAUUUUUUUCCUUGUUCUUCCAUUGACUAGACCCAUUAAAAGGAUUUCCCGUUUAACUUUGUGUUUAGGGUGACAGAGACUGAAUUUUAAGAUGAUCCUUCAACGUUUUGGCAUAUUUCAGUCUGAACAUUUUAUUUUAUUUUAAACAGGAAAGACUGUAAAAACGAAGUUUAAUAUAAAGUAAUAUUGUGUCUGAAGUAAGAAAUUUUGUGGGUGUGGGGUUCUGUUUUCUUACUCAUAUACACCUCUCUGUCAUUCCAGCUGAGGCCGUGUUAGGGUAAAAAUGGAGGGAUUUCAGGAAUGAGUACUAAUUUAGAAGUCUUUGACUUUUGGAAAUGCAUCCAGUAGUUAGAAGCAGUUGAGGGCUCAGCUUUUGAAGUGAGAUAAUCCAGCUGUCUCACAAGCUCUGCGACUUGACACAAGUUACUUAUCUCUCUGCUCCCUGGUUAUCUAUGAAAUGGGGAUAAUAAUAGAAUCUUAUUCACAGGCUUAUGAGGAUUAAACGAGAUAAUGUUUGUAAGGCCUGUAGGGUAGCUCAGCACCCAGCACUUCGGAGAUGUUGACCUUUGUUGGAACACUCUAGUAGCAGUGUUUGCGCCGUCUUAACGUUGGUAAACAAGGCAUUCAGAGACAGUAGGCUUUUGUCCAUAACCUGCAAAAUAAUGCCAUGGGCAUGCUGUCAGGAGGCUGCUGAGUAGUCCAUAGCCUGGAGAUGUGGCUUUUACUGGUACAAAUCUGAGUUACUCAGAAGUUUUGGCUGAGUCAGAACUCCAAACACGACACACUCAGAUUGGACACACUCAGAAAAAUAGAGCAUUAUUUUAAUAUUGGCUUGAUUUAUCAGUUGCAUAUUUUUUCUCUUUAAUCCCCCCCAACUUUCAACAGAAUAAGGUAUGAAAACAAAGGAAAUCUGAGCAUUUCCCCAUCUCCUAGUUGGCUGAAUGACUUUUGCCUACCAUCCCUGGCUUAAAGUGGUACCCACAAAUUUAUUUCUGUGUUUCACAUGAUUAGGAAAAGAAAGGAAUCCUGUGGACUGGUUUCUGUGCUGGAAAUUCUCAUGAAAAGGAACCCUUUCAUGCAUAUAAAACUAAUAGAUUGUAUGACCUUUGCAGAAGCUGAAAAGGAUUGUCCUCAGAUGCUACUCCCAACUAAUACUUUGGUAGGUCCAGGGAGAAAUAGGGAAAGAAAUUCUAUGAGAGGGACAGAGGGAACUAGAAAAUGGUUGUCAGGCUUGGCUUUCAUUUGGCUUAUUGCGUUUUGCCUGACUUUCAACCUCUGGACACCCGCAGGGUAUCAGUGAGCACACAGACCAAGAGAUGCUUAGCUAAUACAGACACAGCAGCUCCAUCCCUUUUCUAGCUCUUGGGUUUGUCUCUCUCAUCUGUUAAGCAGAAUCAUAUGAAUUUGUGAAUAUUAGGCCAUAUUAAAAUAAAAACCUACAUAGUCAGCAGUCAGUAUGAUUCAACCUGGUAGAUUACAAAUGCCCCAAGGACAGAGAUUAUGUUUAUUUCUUCUUUUUACUUUCUAGCAAAACUCAAUUCUGUUCUGUGCUCUGUGUCACAGUUAUGUUUUGUAAUAACCAUCUGCCUCUGUGGAUCUCUCACUCCCACUACUCUGAACAUCUAAAGAUGACCCUCAAAUUUGAUCUUACUCAUCUGUUUGUUUACUAGGAAACAAUCUGUUUAAUUCCUAGGAAAAAGGGAAGACAAUCAUGAGUGAAUGACUAAAUUGGCAUUUUUACAUUAUAAUGCUCAUGGCAAUGCCAAAGAUACACAGGGGUUGGCCAUGGGUGUUUAGCUCAGAUGAGCGAUUCAAAAACAAACAAACAAAAAAGCCCACAAAACGAAGCACAACAAAACCCCUAGAACCUGAUUUUUGGAGAACAAAAGGAAUUAACCCCGACCUUUAAUAUUCGCUUCUCCUUUUGGCUCUUAUGACAAUUGAAUAAAUGGAAAAAUAUUUAAGCCAGUCUUGUUUAGAAUACUGCAUUUUACUUGCAAGUGCUACUGAUUUUUUUCCAGAUUUCUCCUCCUCAGGGAAGGAAUGUCAUUGAAACCACCGCCCUCCGCCGUGAGGGUAUUCAAGGAUGUUAACUGAAUUAUACUCUUUAGACAACAUAAAAUACAAAUGAUCAGGGUGUAAGGUUUGGUCUGUGUGUUAGUUCUGAUUAACUAAAUUAACUAACAACUAGUUAAUUUUAGCUAAUGCUCUUCUGUAAGCCCCUGACUUAGCACUUAGCUCUGGAUUCUUAACCUGAGGAUGGAUUCAUCCUUCUAGGUCCAGUCACCAAGGUGACUCCCAAGGUCAUCCCUAUGAGGCCCUCCUUGACCUUCUACUGGACAAAAUUUAUUAGUCUCUGCUGUUUUUCUAUAGCACUGAUUCAUCCUGUUAGAUGUUUGGCUCUUCAGCUUGGAUUAUGAACUUUUCUAAAGCAGGAUUUGUAUAACUCACAUGGUAGGUAGAGUCAAUAUUACUGAAGUAACUAGACAGUAAAAUUAAUGACUGUGCAGUCAGAAAAAAAUCGAAAAAAAUUUUAAAGUUUUAUGUGAGAAAAAAAUAUAUAUUAAGGUUUUCUGCAGACUACUACAUAUAGAAUUUCAUUACACUGGCUCUCAUUCUAAAGAAAAACAUUAUACCAGGUGUCAGAACUCAGUCAUAUUUAUAGGAAGAAUAAACCUUGACCGUCAACAAUAGCUUCUUUGGUCACAGGAUUAUAGUAACUGCUGAGAGUGUAAGCACUUUGCAAAGGACUCAUUUAAGAAUCACACAGGUAGUUUCAAAUUAGCCGUAGGAAAAUUAAUAGUGAGGAGUCGGGGCAAAAGGUUGUUACUAUAAAUUUAGGCAAGUUGGAGGACAGUUCCAGUUGUAUGACAUUUGGCUGAAGGAAAAGUAAUUUGGACCUGAGAAAACCAAGUGUGUAAAUAUUAAAGCUGUUGACUAGACAGUGAAAUAUUAUUGAGAACCUUCAUCCAAAUGAAGGAACUACUGAGAAUAUUGUUGCUGUGUUUUAUUUACUUAUUUAUACAAUUUCUUUUUAUUUUUUAUAUUUUUUGGCUGCAUUAGGUCUUCAUUGCUGCAUGAGGGCUUUCUCUAGUUGCGGUGAGCGGGGGCUACUCUUCGUUGUGGUGCGUGGGCUUCUCAUUCUGGUGAUUUCUCUUGUUGUGGAGCAUGGGAUCUAGGUGCAUGGACUCAGUAGCUGUGGAGCACAGGCUUAGUUGCUCCACGGCGGGUGGGAUCUUCCUGGAACAGGGCUCAAACCUGUGUCCCCUGCAUUGGCAGGCAGAUUCUUAACCACUGCGCCACCAGGAAAGUCCUGUGGCUGUGUUUUAGAGACAACAAGCAAUGCUGCUGAUACUGUGUGAGACAUAAAAGUCUAAUUUUAAAAUAAUGUCCUUUGCUUGAGGCUACAUUGAGCUCACCUGAGUGUGGAAUUCUACUUUGUUGAUGUAUGAAAACAAGCAGAAAAUCUGCUCCCCGGGAAUCUGACUCUCCAAAAAGAUGGCAGGUAGCAGGAGACAUUCGACUAGGAUGUAGUUCAGCAAUCAAUAAAAAGAUUAAAAUGAAGAAAUAUCAGAUGAUUAAAUAAACUGCAAAUUGAAGUUAAUGAUGAUGAUUACUGGGUCUUUGUAGGGCUGCUUUUUCCAUUAAAUAGAGCUAUGUAUUGCACUUUUAUCAAAAGUGCUCUUGUAGAAUUAGCUGAAAAUGUGGGAAAUAGGAUUGGAUCCUCUUCUUGGCAGUGGAGAAUACUUAGUGCAUCCAAAUGACAAUACCUACUCUGCCUGUGUCUUCUCUCCUUGCAGGGGAGCCCUUGCCCUGAGUGAUCCUAGAAACCCUGCUUCCUGCUCUGCUUGCUUUCUUCCUCUUGCCCUUUUUCACCUUCACUCUCUGACUUUUGGCCUCUUGCUCUGCUGUUUUGCUUUUGUGUUUUCCUGAUGCCACUCAAACCCCAGUCACUCCAGUUCGCCAGAUUUGCUCUCUGCACUCAGUCCAUCUCCAACCUUUUGCUUCCCCGUUGAGAAAAUACCACACAUUUAUUUGGCAAUUGGAAGAAUAAGAAACAAAUAAUGCAGCUCAUUCAGCUUCAUGUAUGUCAGCAUUCACUGUGUUCUUUUGAGCAGUGUGAGAGAUGAAAACACAUUUGACAAGGAGACCAAGACCAGAGAUGGGCAGUUACCUGAUGGCUUUUCUAAGGCUAAGGAAAGAACAGCUGUCCCUCUGUUGAGUCUGCUGCUUCUUUGUCUCCCAUUUCAUUGAUCUUUGCUCUUUUAUUUUCUCCUUCCUCCUAUUUUCUUUGGGUUUAUUCUGUUGUUGUUGUUUUUUUUUUUUUGGGGGGGGUUUCUUUUAACUUCUUGUUUUAGAUUCAUGUUGUAACAACCCCAGUAUCUCAGUGACUUAACACAAAAAGAGUUUACAUUUUCUGCAUGCAAAGUCCACUGUGGGUAUUCUAGGAUGGACAACACUGUAUGAUGGCCCUGCUCCAUCCAGUGACUCAGGGACCCAGGUCACACUACCGUCUCUAGUUUCUCCAACUUAGGCUUCAAGCUUACCCUGGCAUUGUCCAUCUGGUAGAUUGGGGUGUGAGAUGAGAAAGUGAAACUGAGUAGUUAACCAGCUUGGCCUGGAAAUGAUGAUCAUGGCCACCUUAACUGUAAGGGAGGUUGGGAAAGGGAUAUUGGUGAGGACUAAUGUUCUCUGCCAUGUUCCCUUAGUUGGAUAUUUAGUUAGUUAAUUUUUCUUGUCUAAUAUUAACACUUAAGGCUAUGAACUUCCCCCUAAACAUUACUUUUGCUAUAUUUCACAAGGUUUGGUGUCUACUGUAGUAUUUUCAUUAUCAUUCAAUUCCAACUAAUUUUUAAUUUCCAUGAUGACUUAUUCUUGGUCCAUGCUUCAUUUUGAGGUUUAUAUAUUUUUAUGAUAUUGGAAUAGGGAAGGAUUUCUUAUAGAAGAUAAUAAAAAGGCCAACUGUAAAAGAUAAGUUUGAUAAAUUCAAUUACAUUAAAGCUAAGAACUGUUCAUCAAAACACCCUGUAAAAGUAAAAGGAAGGCUACAAAUUGAGGGAGGAUAACAAAUCUUAAAGAUAAGCAUUAAGAAUAUAAAACUAAUCCUUACAAAUUUGUUAAAGAAAGAGAAAUCAGUACAAAAAUGAGCAAAAAGUAUUUCACACAAAAAACCACAAAUGGUCCAUAUUCACAUGAAAAGCUACUCAUUAGUCAUCAGGGAAAUCAAAGUCAAAGCCACAGGGAGAUAUUCUUCCAUGUCUAACUGAUCACCAGAAAUGAAGUAACUGGAAAACACUAGGGGGAUGUACUCAGAGGAUUGGUGGCACCUCACGUGCUUUGCUGGUGUGAGGUUAAAUGAGCACUGAAUAUUCAUACCUUAUGACCCAGCAAUUUCACUCUGGGAAUAUAGUCUGGAGAAUAAAAUGGUAACUACCUGAGAUGUCAAUGCUAUGAUGUCCCCUAUAAGUUGUUAUCCCAGUACAGGAGUUGGGCUCCUGUAGAGUUCCAUGGAAACUGGCUAUGACCCAUCAUUUAGGACAAUGAAAUCUGAUCAAAUGCGAGGCUUAGAACCUACCUUCCUGAUGCUACCCAUCAUGGAUGCUAAGGAAGUAAGUCCUGCUGCUGGUUGGCAGUGCCAGUUGGCUGCAAUCAUGACCCCUGAUCACCCCAGGGAAGGGCCUGCUUCUUCCUUAAUGAUGCAGCUUGAAAGCCCCACGGGUCUAGCAAUUCUGUCCCAGAGUCUGAGGUUGGGCUCUAUUGGCCCUUCAUAUACUGCCCUUAAUGAAACUGACAACAGGACCCGCAUUCCUUCUGCUGCUUUUUCUGAGGGUCCCCAGCAUGUGGUCUCUGAAAGGCCUGUUUGCUUGGCCAUCUGCCUUAGUUGGCACAACACAACCUAAUGUCCUUCAACAAAAUAAGGUUUAUACUGUGGUUUAUUCUUAAAAUGGAAUAAUCUGCAGCCAGUGAAAAAUGAAUGAAUUAUAGCUAUUCACAUCAAACAGAUGAAUUUUAUUAAUGUCAUGCUGAACAGAAAAAGUAAGCUCCAGAAUGCAGCAUAUAGUGUAACACUCUUUCUAACAUUCUAAAACAGGUAAAAAUCGGAGAAAAUAUUAUUUAGACACAACAUGUAAGUGAAAAAGGAAAAGAAAGGGGGUGAAAACCCCUAGUUCAGGAUGUGGGUUACCUCUGGUGGGGUGUCAAGAGCAUAGCAAAGGAAGGAAUCCACAGGUGAGUGAUGCAAUGAAUUCUCGUAUUAGCCCAAUUCUCACCAGAGUCAGGGAUAAAAGUAUUGAUGCUUUAUUUGCAAAUUAAAACCCGAGGCAACUAGGGUGAGAAAAAAGGGACUUAAGGCAGAAAAUGUGAAGUGAUAAAAAGUGUUACAGGCUGAAUUGUGGCCCCCCCAAAUUCACGUGUCAAAGUCCUAACCCCGGUAUCUCAGAAUGUAACCAUAUUUGGAGAUAAGAUAGUCAAAGAAAUAAUGGGGUCUUUAGGAUGGGCCCUAAUUCAAUAUGGUGUCCUUACAAGAGGGAAUUUGGACACAAACAUGUGUGUGCACAGAGGAAGGACCAUGUGAAGACAUAGGAAGGAGACGGCUGUCUACAAGCCAAAGAGAGAGACCUCAGUAAAAAACAACCCUGCUGACACCCUGAUCUCAAACUGCUAGUCUCCAGAACUGCGAGACAAUAAAUUUCUGCUGUUUAAGCCACCCAGUCUAUGGGAUUUUGUUACAGCAGCCUGAGCAGACUAGGACACGAAGAGAUGCACGGCCUUAUCCACUGUCACUUCUGAGAAGAGCCAGGCAGACACACAGCAGCUCUCUGGGCAACUGUGUUCCACUCAGUGGGGCUCCUCUGGAAGCUCUAAGGAGGGAGGAUAAAUGAGGGAUUUAUCUUCCCGGUCAGAGCAGCCCAUGAGAAGUUAAAGUCCCUGUACUUUUUUGGUGUGUCAUCUAGCCUCUUUGGUGGCUGCUCAAAAUGCCAACACCCAUGCCAUGCAGUGUAGCUUUUCACCUGAGUCCAUGAAGGGCAGGAGGAGCUGGACUUUCAGGGGGCAGGGCCGGCUGCAUGGUUGAUGGUCCGGGAGAUGCCCUGUGCUGAUCUGCCCUGGACAGGUGACCCUGGAGGCCAGCUGAGUUUAAUUUGUGACUUGUCAGUGAUGUUCCAAUCCUUGGUUAGAAUAGUGGGUCUGUAUGUAUUCACUUUAUUAUUUUUUAAAUGAAAUAAAAAGUAAAAGAAGGACAAGCAUGGACCAAUGAUGGUAAUGAUGAUGUAUAAAGAAUCAAAGACUAAAUUGUGAUUAAUUCAGUUCUGCUUUCCUGAGUGUUUGUUUUUCUGUACAAUAGAGAAUAGCAGCUGCUUUUAAAUUCUGAGAACCCCUAGUUUUCCUUACAUUUAGGAAAUUAGAUGGUUAUUUUGAAAAGCUAAUUUAAACCUAUUUUGAAGACGGAAGGAAUCAAAUUUCCAGUAAAAACUCAACUAUUAAGUCUUUGACCGGUUUUAUUCAUAAGCUAUUAUUUCAAAAGUUAAAAAAUAAUGUACAAUACAUUUGAUUAUAGAAAAACUUUCUCAUUAAAUAAAGCCUAAUAAAUAAUUGAAUACAUAUGUUUCUAACUUCCAAGGUUUGCCAGUUUGUUAUGUUUUGUUAGAAGUGGAAGCAUUUUUGUAUAUGUGUGUUCACGUCCAUUGUGAAUUACUCACGUGACUGCAACAGGCAGCAAUCUACCCUUAUCAGGGACCUUGAACUUGACAAACAUUCCUGCUUUUCUGAACAUUCCUUCCCUAUUGCCUCGAUUAAAUAAUGU